GGGCGGGGCGAGGGGGGUUGGGUGGGUUGAGAGGCUCGUACACACUGAUCUGCAAACAGACGGGUAGAUAACGGGGCUGAUCAGAGGUGCUGAAGACCUAAGAGAGACUUUGUACGGUUUAAGUUUGACCUCGGGAAACUGAUCGAGGUUUCAGCUCUCAGCUUUGUAGCAGAUCUUCAGAUGGAAGUCCACAGAGGAGAAAGAUCUGCUUUCCGGUUUGAUUUGCGUGGAAAAUGUCUGUGAAAUGAUCAGAGAGACAGAAGAGAUUAAUCUUCAUGUUAUCGGUCCUCACUGGAGGGAGCUGCAAGAGCGUAGAGUCAGGAACGCAGAUCAAUGGGGGAUCUCCAGUUUGCUGAUUUACUCUAAAGACUCCCGCAAAGUCUAGGGACGCAGUCUGCAGGAUCUGCGGGGUUCUGGAGGAUUUACUGAGAUCCGUGGGAUUUGAAGGUGUUUUAAAGGAUCUGAGGUACCUUAUAGGAUUCUGCGGGAUCGCUGUCGUGGAGUUUCGGACCGAUGGAGCGGAGGAAAGCGUUUCCUCUGCGGCUGCUGGCCGUCUCUCUGCUGUCGGUCUCGGUGUGCGGGUUUCCAGCAAACACACAGAGGCACUCCACAGAGUCUGAUCCUCAGGUAAACCCUCACCUGUACUGCUCUUACCUGCAGGUCCCUCUCAGUUAAGGACGUUAAACUGACUGUUGACCCCCCAAACUUUCCCUGUACCAGUGUGUGAGUGUAGAAAUAACCUGAACAGAUUCCUGCUGGUCUGAAAACGUUUUCUGCUCACAUUAAACUCUAAUAAUUCCGUUUCAGCUUCAAAUCAUGAUACAAACUCUCUCAAUCUGUAAUCCGUCUUCUUCAACCUUCAGCAUCCAAAAAGUAAAAUAAGGAAACCUUUUGAUAUGUGGGGAACAAAAGAGAUGCAGCAAACAAACAAAUCUAUGAGAAAAUUUAAUCUGCAAAUAAUCCAGCAAAAUGUACUCACUGUUCUAUACUAAGGUAUUUUAUUCUUGAAUAUUCAUAAUCAGGUAAGCAGUUAUAAUUAGACAUAAAACAAACCAUGUAAACACAAAAACUGACAUCUAUUAACAGAUUUAUAACAGUAAUCUCAUGCAAAUAACCAGAUUAACAAAUUAAAUCCAAAAAAAGCUAAUUAAACCAUGUUAAUGGUACUAUUAUACACAGUGAAGGCACGUAAUAAUUAUCUUUUGUAAAUAAACACGUUUACGAUUAUAAUUUAACAUAUAUAAACAUGUCAGCAGUUAUAAUCUUAUGUAAAUGUCUUAUCCUCUGCUGUAAAACCCUCCGUCCCAAACCUGGGUGUCCAAAUGGGUCAGGCCCAAAGUCUGGAGCAGCAUGUAAAUUGUCUGGUUCACUGUAAAUGGUCUGGUUCGCUAAGAAAUGUAUCCAAGCUCAGACCCAUAGUGUCUAGGAAUGAGUUUGAGAUGAUUGUUCGUGCCUUGGUCUCUUCUCAUCUGGACUAUUGCAAUUCUUUGUUUACUUGUUUAAAUACCUCUUAUUUGAACCGCCUGCAAGUGGGUUCAAAAUGCUGCAGCUAAGCUCCUGACGAGAUCACCCAAAUGGUCUCAUGUCACAUCCAUCCUCAGGUCUUUACACUGGCUCCCCAAUCAAUUCAGAAUCCAAUUUAAAUUACUUGUUCUUGUGUUCAGAGCUUUGCAUGGACAAGCUCCAGCAUAUAUCAGAGACCUGCUGAAGCCUCAAAGGUCCUCUGACCAGGGCUUUUGCUGGUUCUCCCCCAGACUAGACUACGAACUUAAAGGAGACUGUGCAUUUGAGUUUUUUGCUCCGAAACUUUGGAGAUCUCUCCUUUAAGAACUAAGAUAUGUGGACACUGGAUACUAUCAAAAAGCAGUUGAAAACCCAUUUGUUUACACUUGCCUUUGUAUAAACAAGAACUUUGGCUGCUAGUGCACUUUUUGUUGAUGUUUAUGUCUUGUUGUCUCACCCUUUAAAUUUGAUGACUGUGAAGCACUUUGUGCAGGAGGAGGAAAAAGAAGAGCAGGGAGAGGAGCAGGGGAAGGAGAGAGGAGAGUGGGGAGAGGAGCAGAAGGAGGAGAGCAGGAGGAGGAGAGAGGAGCAGGUAGAGGAAAAAGAAGAGCAGGGAGAGGAGCAGGGGAAGGAGAGAGGAGAGUGGGGAGAGGAGCAGAAGGAGGAGAGAGGAGAGUGGGGCGAGGAGCAGAGGGAGGAGAGAGGAAAGCAGGGAGAGGAGGAGGAGAGAGGAGCAGGAGGAGGAAAAAGAAGAGCAGGGAGAGGAGCAGGUGGAGGAGAGACGACAGCAGGAAGAGGAGCAGGAGGAGUAAAAAGGAGAGCAGGGAGAGGAGAAGGAGGAGAGAGGAGAACAGGAGGAGGGAGAGGAGCAGAAGGAUACAGGAGAGCAGGGAGAGGAGGAGAGCAGGGAGAGGAGUAGGAGGAGACAGGAGAGCAAGGAGAGAAGCAGGAGGAGGACAGAAGAGAGCAGGGAAAGGAGAGCAGGAAGAAAGAUGAGAGCAGGGAGAGGAGAGCGGGGAGCGGGAGGAGAGAGGGAAGAGGAGCAGGAGGAUUCAGGUGUGUGGAUCUUGUUUGUCUGAAUAGCAGAAGGACAGAAUAGUCCUGAGGAGAGAGAGGCUGCAGCUAUCAUGAGCCUGUAGCAGCAUUAUUGAGCACUCACAAACUAAUGACUGUUGGUCUUGAAAGUGAGAGACAUACUUUAUAAUAAUAUUAAAAUAAAAGCCUGAGUCAUAUUGUUUUAUAAUGGAUGUUUUAUAAAAACUGAAAUUACUGAAUGAUUUAUUAGAUAUCCAGUCUGUGAUGAAAUGUAAGGAGCUCAAAUUCUUCAGUUGGCUGUGUAAAGAUACUUUGAUUUGAUAAUUAUUUCGACUUUUUGUUUUUGGCCAUGAUCAAGCAGAUAAACUUUGUGUGUUUCUGUGACAUUGGGAGCUUUUCUAUCCUACAGAGAAGGUAUGUUAAACAUAAGAGACUGUUCAGAUCCAGUCCCUCAAAGGUGAAAGUCAUUAGUGAACAUUUAUGUUUAUAUGAAAGUGAAACAGUCUCCUUUCUAUAAGCUGACUGUGCUCACGGAAGGCUGCUAUCUUUGCAUUAGUUUGUUGGUCAGUAAGAGACUGUAUGUACCAUCAGCUGAUCUUUUCAAGCCUAAUCAGAAUCUGUUCAGCCCACUCAGCUUUUAACUCAUCCCAACGUCUCUUGUCUUCAUCUUUUUUAAACCUACCCUUCAUUUUUGCUCUUCACCUCUUUUUAACCUCACUCUCUUUUUUAACUCUCUCCUCUCUCUUUCCUCUCAGUCCUGCACCUUUCUCCUCUCUAACUGUUUUGAAGUUAAAUCCAUCAGUCUGGUCUCAGGUUGCUCUCCUGCAGCCUGACUGGGUCCAGGGUAAAAUAUGAAAACAAACCUUGUCUUUGCUGGUCCAGACUGCUGGGCAGGGAGGAGGACAGGGAGAUAUUGAAUUUGUUUCAGAGGAAACAUUCAUACAGAUUCUCAGAGGAGGUGGAGGAGGAGUUACUGCAGCUUUAAAACGUUAUGUGGAUGGAUGACCGUCUCUCUCAGCACAGUAGACGCUGAAGCCACAUUUGGCACAGGGCGUCAAAUUCUUCAGCCAGUUCAAGUUUAACUUGAGUGCUUUUAUUGUGAAAGGGUCUGCUGGGCUGAGCUCUCUCAAAUGUCCUGCACCCUGUCAGUGUGUGUGUGUGUGUGUGUGUGUGUGUGUGUGUGUGUGUGUGUGUGUGUGUGUGUGUGUGCGUGCGCCCGUGCGUGUGUGUGUGUUUGCUGGAUUGUAUUCCUCUAGGGGUUUAUAAUGAAGAGAUGUGAGCCUCCACUGCACAGAUAGAUAUGUAACACACACAUACAUACACACACACACACACACACACACACACAAAUUAUGUGACAGAAGUGUCACUGCCUAGCUCCGUCUCUGAUUCUAGUGUAUAGGGUGACACAGGUGUGUGCUUACGAUGCUUGGCUAAAGAUCUGAUAUCUACAGCUAUAAAAACACCCAAACAUACACAAACACAAACCUGUCUUUGGUACUUAAUGAAGGCAACAUUAUAUACGCUCAUUAUGGGGACUCCUGUUCCCAAUGUGGCAGAAACAGGACAAUAAUGAACCUGCCACACAGAAAAGAGAGUGAAAUGUCACUUUAGAAUAAAAAAUAUCUAUCGAUACCAUUUUAUAUGUCCAGACUUUGCAGGCAGAAGGAGAGAGGAAAGCAAGGAGAGGAGUAAGAGGAGAAGAGCAGGGAGAGGAGCAAGAGGAGGAGAGAGGAGCAGAGAGAGAAGCCAGAGGAGCAGAGUAAAGAGUGGGGAGAGGAGCAGAGAAGAGAAGCUGAAAAAGAGAGUAGAGCAGGGGGAUGAGCAGGAGGAGAGAGAGGGACUGCACAGUCACAAGCAUGAAUGGUUUUGUGUGUGUGUGUGUGUGUGUUAUAAUAAUAUAAUAAUAUUAUAAUUAUGUUUCUCCAUAUUACUACAGACCAUUCAUACCAAGGUUUUUUCAUGAUGAAGCAACCCUAGCCUCAUGUGAAGGUAAAUUACUUCCCUGAAAUAACAGGAAUGAAUCAUAAUUUCUAAAAAUGACCUUUGAGGGAUGAUGAGGGUAAAUCCUGGACCCCAAACACACGGUGUUCUGCUGCACAUCAGGAGAGUUUUCUGACUGACCUGUUUUAUCAUGUAUCUGCUUUCAAAUUUUGUUGUUUAAAUGAAAUCAUAGCGCCUCUCCAUAUGUUUCCUGUCUUAACCUCUAAAUUGAUCUGAACUGGACUUAGGACAUUCUCUGGAUGACACAGAUUUCUGUGCAGGCUGGAAGAAGGGUGAUAAUUCUCCGCUCUUCUCAGAUAACAGUUAAAGCAUCAUGUGGCUGUUGAGUUAUUCAGCUGUUAUUGUUCUUAAUAUUACAUUUACUGAAUGCUCCAACAUGAAAUUUUAAUUUUUACUCUUUAUUCAUGACCCCUGUUAAGUUUCUUUCUCUGCAGUUAGAGGAGACUGUGAUGUUUUCACCUGCACAGUCUUCACCACAUGCAGCCAGCAGGGAGGGGUUUACUGCAAUUAAUUAAAUCAGUGAGCUUGUUAAGUAAUAGUUUACAAAUAAAAAUAAUUAACUGAAUAAUUAAAUUAAUGUCAUUUAUCUGUGUGUGUGUGUGUGUGUGUGUGUGUGUGUGUGUGUGUGUGUGUGUGUGUGUGUGUGUGUGUGUGUGUGUUCAACGGGACAAACACACACACUUCAAUGGGACAAUUUUCUCCAGGCCACCGGUUUUUCAAUAGUUAUUUUUUCAUGCUAUUUCUGCAAAGCACUAAUGUGUCUUUUAAAAUCUCUCAGGUGAAGCCAGAGUAUCGCCAUGGCGACCAUCUUCAGUCUCUCCAGGAGCUCCAGCAGGAGAACCUGCUGCAAACUGGUCUGUCUUCUCCAAGGUCAGCACACCGCUGGUCCCUGCAUCAUCAGCAGGGUGUCCUUCCCCUACCUGAGCCUGAGAAAGACCCCGAAUCCUUCAUCCUGGACCUGAGGAACUUUCCAGAGCUGGCAAAUGCAGAUGUGGGCUCUCAGAACCCCAACAUCCAGGUAGGACAUAAUCUUAUCUAAUCCAGGUAGAUGAUACUUCUGUGGUUAGAAUUUUUUUUUAUUCUUCUCUCCUUACAGUCGUGAAAGGGUUAACAUAUAAUCCAUGAAGUGCAGGUGUUUUAGCUUAAGCCAUCAGUCAUAAGAGGAGGGUGUUACAGAGUCCUCUUCAAUUGCUCUCUGUCUUCACCAUCACGUCUCCCUCUUUCUUCAUACUUCUCAUCUGGCUUAACAGCUGGUUUGAGUCAGAGCAGCGUCUAAAGUUUCCACAUGCAGGACCUCAAACAGCAGGGCGCUUCGUCCAGCCCUUGAACCUCAGACAUCUCUACAGUGUUCAGAGAAAUACAACAAAACAGAGACAAGUGAAAAUAAAACACACAUGAGGGUUGAAUAGGAAGGGUCAAAAGGGUGUUUCUCAGUCAGAUCAUAAAGUCCAAUCCUGAUGGACUUUUGAAAACUGUUGGCUUUUGGACUGCCUUAAAACUGAAAUUAAGUUUGACUCUGCAGCUGUGGAUUUCACUGCCCACCAUCAGGAGCUAAAGUAGGAGCAGGACUGAUUUCACCAAGUAGGAAACAUCAGACAUGAACAAAGAAGUCACCAGAUUCUGAAGAAACUUAAGGUGUUUCCUUUCUGAAGCCUGAGAAUCUUUUUUAUCCUCAGUGUCCUCAUCAGUCUGUGCCUUUACUGUAAAACCAGUUCAGACCCAUCCAGGUCAGGGUUGGACCGGUGGAUGUAGGAUUUCAGCUGCUCAACAGUUCAGGGUCCUCUUUGUCCUGUUUUUGGUGUCAUAAUGCUCCAAACGUUUUUAAUGGGGAACAAGUCAGGACUGCAGACAGACCAGUUUCUCAGCAGAACUCUUCGACUACAGAGCCAUGCUGUUGUAAUCCCUGUUGUCAGAAUGUGGUUUGUCAUUGUCCUCCUGAAAUAUGAAGGUGUUCACUGAAAAAGUCGUCUGGUAGGCAGAAGAUGUUGCUCCUAAACCUGUAGAUAUCGAUGGAGCCCAUGCAGUGAUUUCCACUCCAGAGUCCUGUCUGUUUUACAGUAAUGCAGUGCUGCCUGAGGGCCUGAAGAUCAGGACAAUCCAGUCUUGGUUUUGCUCCUUGUCCCUUUAGUACAAAGAUUUCUCCAGAGUCUCCAGAGAAUGAUAUGAUGUUCUGUAGAUGAUGAAAUUCACUUAUUCUUUCACAUUUGACAUUCAGGAACAUUAUUCUGAAACUGUUCAACUAUUAGCUCACACAGUCUCUCACACAGUGGUGAACCUCUUCCAUCUUUCCUUCUGACAGACUCAGCCUCUCUGAAUGUCCUUUUUAUACACAGUCAUGUUACUAACCUGUUGGAAACUCACAACACGAGUUAGAGAUGUUCUUUCUUUUUUCUUUUUUUAGCAUUGCACAACAUUUAAACUUGUUUGGUUGUUCCUCUCGAAACUUUUGACCUGUUUGGUUGUUUUUAGAUAACAGCUUUUCAGAAACGUGUUGCAGACAUCAAAAUUAAAAUGAUUGUAUAUCCUUUAUAAAACUUCUUAAAACUACCUGAUCUUAAAAAGUAUUUGCUGUUUUUAAUGCUUAAUGUUUUAGUCUCAGCUGAUGCCUUCCUUGUGUAAACUGUUGCUGUUGUAAUCAGGGUAUCUGGGCUCUGUCAGGACUUGUGCAUGUGUUAAUGUGUGUGUGUGUGUGUGUGUGUGUGUGUGUGUGUGUGUGUGUGUGUGUGUGUGUGUGUGUGUGUGACUAUGCUUGUCUGUGUGAGUUAAAGAGAGAUAGUCAGCGGCAGUUCAUCAGUUCAUCUUUCCAUCCCACCAUCAUUGCCCUUCCUCUGUCCCAAACAAUCAACUCUUUUAUAAAAGUUUAUUUCUCAUCUGAUCUUUAUGUAAACAGACAGCAGUGACUUCACUCUUCUUAUCAGCCCUUAUUCAGAGUAUGGCAUUGUCCUUUACAAACACCUUGAUUCAUUUAUUUAUUUAUUUUUUAAAGAUGUAGAGGUAUUAUAAGAUGAAUCAGAAUGAAUCACCCUAGUGAGUUUCAAGAAACAAAGUCAGGUUUCUGUUUUCAGGGCUUUACCAGUGAUUAAAAAAGUCAGACUUAGGUAUCAUAAAUCAUUUCAAAUGUGUAUUUCAAUGUUUUUUCAACUCUUUAUCUCAUUCUCUAUAAACAAACAGGAACCCUCAGUACCAGCUGGAAGUUCAGGAAUCAUGUGGGUUACAAUCAGACUGAACAUCAGGACGUUCUCUGCAGAUCAGGGUUGAGCUGUGCACUGUUACACAUUGAAGACAUUGUUUUAUAUCUCACUCUGACUGAAUUUUACUGAGCACAAUGUUAGUUCAGGCGUGCCACAAAGUUAAGCUCAGCCCACAGUGCAUCAGCUGAUGUUAACACCAGCUAACACUUCGGCUGAUUACCGUCUAUAUAUCCAGUUAUUAAAUGUCAUAGUAAUCGUUCUGUAAAAACAACUUUGGCUUGCUUCCUAUGCAAGCUGCCUUUGCUGCCGCUCUCCUUGCCUCCACUCAGGCUUCUCCUUUUUGUGCUGGUUCUGAGUCUACCAGUGUCAAAUGGAUGUCCACCAAUGCUUGUUUUGCUCUGUACCCUUGGGUCUUUGCUGCUGCUCUUCUAGCCUCCACCAAAACUUUUAAUGCUGUGUCUGAUUAAACCAAUAUCAAAGACCUGUCACUGUUGUCUCCUAUGUUCUGUAUCUCAAGGUCUUGGCUGCUUCUCUUCCUGCCUCCACUCAGGCUCCUCCUUUUUGUGUAGCCUUACAUAAGGUGUGGGUGGGCCUAGGGAUAAACAGGUUCAGACCCUGUGGGAUAAAGGAAGCAGCCACAGCUCCAUUUGUGUCUCACUGUGUAUCUGUACAAGCGUAACACCUUUGCAUUUGUGUCAGGUGACUAUCGAGGUGGUGGAGGACUCUCAGGCUGAGGUGGAGAUGGAUCUGGCCAAAGACGCCCAGCGUAACGACUGGUCAGUGACAUCAUCAGAGUGGGCCAACAGCCACAGGAAGCUGUUCUGGCCUCUGUUCUGGGAGUACCCAGAUCAGCUGGGGACUGGGAGGGCCAGUCUUGAGGAACAACCAGAGGACUACAACUAUGACCUUGAACAGCCCAUUCUGAGUGGGGUUGGGGGAGACUGGGGGGGUCACUGGAACAAAAACUGGGAUUCCAAGAAUAACUACGGUAAGAGUAAGGUAUGGUAAAAUAAAUAAUCAGAGUGACAGUCUUUGUACUGUCGUCUGAACCUCAGUGCUGCUUUAAGCUGCUAAAAUCUCCUUUAAACUUGAAUUGGAACCCUCUAAAAGCUCUAGAACGCUCUGCAGGAGCCAACUGUUCCCACCCAAACAGGUUCUGUGAAGGAAGCUGGUCCACUCUGAAGUUCUCUCGUCAUAUCCUAUAUUUGCCUUUAAUUUCUACCACAUCAAUAACGUAAACGAGGGAUGUAUGUUUAUUGAUUUGUGCUACUUUGUGAUACCCCAAUAUUUUGAAACGCUCUCCUGUAAUAGAGUUGACUUGUUAGUCUUGCUGUGACAGUCUCCUUGUUUUGUGUCGUGUGUCUGCUGACUGCUUACAGCCCUUCAUACAGUCAUGAAUUGAAAAUAUAGUCUGUGCUUUCAUUUGCAGGUUAAUGCUUCACUUAAUUGUAUCAGCGGGACUUUUCAUAAAUACAGAUGACUACCUUUUGAAGCUGUUAUAUGCUGAUUCCAACACUGUGCCUGUAUUAUUGUGCGUACCUUAUAAUAACUGAAUUAGACCUUCAGGUUUUUACACAGUGCUAAUUCCUGCUCGAUAUAAUCAGUCAUUUUAACAUUAUUAUUUUAAUAGACUCAGCUUCAUUUCACAUGGUUUGGCUUUGCUGGCUCAGUUUGAAGCUCAGAGCAGGGUUUUCCUCCUCAACAGCUUCCAUCAGUCUCUCUCUCUCUGAGCCUCCCUCCCUCCUUCCUCCCUCUGAUGUAGUUUAAACACAGAGCAGCAUGACUCAGAGGUCCCACACUGUUGUUACUCGCUGCUUUAAUGGCAUAACUCACAUGCACCAGCUGGGUGAGGAAUUCACAGCCGACUUCAAAGCGCUGAAGUUUUUACUUCAAAACCCAACGUUUCCAUUUCUGCUGUCCCCCAUUUUUUUUAAAACAUUUUUUUACUACUCUAUUCGUACUUUUCGCUGUUUCUCCUCCUCUUCAUCUUUCUCUCAGUUUUUUGCUCAUCUCGGUUUUUCCCCACUCUUCAUGCUUUUUCUCUGGUUUCAGAGUUUGAAGAGGACUGGAGUGACUGGGCUCCUUGCAGCGCCACCUGUGGACACGGCACUCAGAAGCGCACUCGCUCCUGCGGUCAUACCUGCAUCGCCACCGAGUCGCGGUCAUGUGACCUGGAGGCGUGCACAGGUAAGACACUGAGAGUCUGAGAUGUGGUGUGAUAUGAAAAAUAAAUGCCAUCAUACUUUAAUAAAAUAUUUGUCACAUAUCUGCAUUAUGGCCCGUCAUGAAUAAAAAGUGAAUCUCAAAAAUGAAAAAUUCUGAACAGGUACAAAAAGUCCAUAAAAUCGGUUUGACUUUAAAAUCAACAUUUCAAAAUAUUUUUUGUAAGUGUUCAUAUAAAAAUGACAAACCAGCACCAUCUUAAAAAAAAAUUAAACGUUCAAUUAUAAGGGCUACAUCCAUCCAUCCAUCCAUCCAUCCAUUGGUGAAUUUAUCCAUCUGCUAAUUCAUCUGUUUUUCCAUCCAUCCAAACUCAUCUCAGGAGCUAUAAAGAAUGACUUAGCAGGCUCAUCAAAACAAAAACUUGAAAAUAACAGAGAACACAUAAUGAACAGGCUUGUUGCUGACUCACAGGUGUACAGGGUCACAAACACACCUGAUCUGUGGCUCCCUCUGUCUCUCAUACAGACUCUGUUGUCUCAGUGACCCAACAUCCGACCAUCAGAACGACCAACAGCUCUGACUCUCUCCAAAUAAGUGAGUAUGAAAACUGAUCUAUACAGCCUUAUCACACAUAUCUAAAUGUUUUCAUUAUUCAUUAUAUCAUUUAUUAUUAUUAUAGUCUAAUUUAUUUGUUCUCGUUGUGAUUCUCCUCCAGAUGUGGACAGUUGUGAGAAGUGGCUGAGCUGUAAAAAUGACUUCCUGCAGAAGUACCUGCAUCAGGUGCUGACUGAAUUACCCAGCUGCCCCUGCUCCUACCCAUCAGAGGCUGUGUACAGCACUGUCAACAUCGCCGACACAACCCUGAGGAAGACGUAUCGCUGGAGGGACGCCAGUGGACCCAAAGAGCGCCUCGACAUCUACAAACCAUCAGCCAGAUUCUGCAUCCGCUCCAUGCUGUCCUAUCACAGCACUACGCUUGCUGCCCAGCACUGCUGUUAUGACGACCACAUGAGGCUGAUCACGCGGGGCAAAGGGGCUGGAGCCCCCAACCUAAUCAGCACUGAGUUCUCACCUGAGCUGCACUACAAGGUGGAUGUCUUGCCCUGGAUCCUCUGCAAGGGGGACUGGACUUUGUUUCACUCUGUAAGACCCCCCAACAAUGGCCUAAGCUGUGAGGAGAACCCCCCUGAUUCAGAGUUUCAGAUCGAACUGAGAGAGGCCAGAGAGUAUUGAGGACUGACAACAGGGCUGGACAGUAUGGAAAAGAAGGCAAUAAAGGGGGCAACAGGAAAACUGGACUCUGCUCCACCCUGUCAGACCCAAACCAAACUGUGAGAGAGCGGCAAAUGGGACACAGACAUGCUGGAACUCUGUCCUUACCUGCACAGACUCCGUUGUUUCACUAUGUUUGUGAGGACAUAUAACUGUUAGACACCCUGCAGCUGAAGAACUGCCUCCCGCCAUUUGUCCUGGUUUAAGUUUAUUUCUGCGGCUUUGAAGAACAUCAGUCUUCAGUUUAACUCUGAGACAAUCAAUAAUGUGAAAAUGAUAAAACAGAGACUUUCAGACUGAAGAUUUAUUCAAGUUUAAACAGACCAUCCAAAAACACACACACAUCAUCAGAGGAUAUCAGCUGAUCUCUGUUUAUGAUGUGUGUGUGUGUGUGUGUGUGUGUGUGUGUGUGUGUGUGUGUGUGUGUGUGUGUGUGUGUGUGUGUGUGUGUGUGUUUAUUUAUUAGCCUCUAAUUGUUAUAACUGGAUUUCUUUUUUUUGUAAAGUGAAUAAACUUUAUUACUGUUAACUGUAUUUUUUCCAUUUUCACUCACCUAUGAAUUAGUUUGGGACACAGAUACUGUCUGCAUGUCCCAAAUUUGGAAUAAAAAUAAAUAAAUGAAUAAUGCUGCUGAGCCUCAUG